CUGGCUACCCCCUUCCGGCUCUGCGAAGUGGCGGGACCUUGGCGGCGCCCCGAGCGGGCGCGGCGCGGAGCGGGGCGAGCCCGGCCUGGCGGAAAAAGUGGACAAGUCCUGUUUUCAAGAGAAGAUGACUUGUAACAGUUUUGAAGGAUCUAAAACUUGCGUGCCUACAGACAUCAGUAAGGAUGGAGAAUUUGUAGAAGAAUUUAAUAGAUUAAAAACUUUCGCUAAUUUUCCAAGUAGUAGUCCUGUUUCGGCAUCAACACUGGCACGAGCGGGUUUUCUUUAUACUGGUGAAGGAGAUACUGUGCGGUGCUUUAGUUGUCAUGCGGCAGUAGACAGAUGGCAAUAUGGAGACUCAGCAGUUGGAAGACACAGAAAAGUAUCCCCUAAUUGCAAAUUUAUCAACGGAUUUUAUUUUGAAAAUAGUGCUGCACAACCUACAAAUCCUGGUGUUCAAAAUGGUCAGUACAAAGCUGAAAACUAUCUGGGAAGCAGAAAUCAUUUUGCUUUAGACAGACUGCCCGAAACUCGUGCAGACUAUCUUUUGAGAACUGGACAGGUUGUAGAUACAUCAGACACUGUAUACCCAAGGAAUCCUGCCAUGUGUAGUGAAGAAGCUAGAUUAAAAUCAUUUCAGAACUGGCCAGACUAUGCCCACUUAACUCCCAGAGAGUUAGCUAGUGCUGGACUGUACUACACAGGUAUUGACGAUCAAGUACAGUGCUUUUCUUGCGGUGGAAAACUGAAAAACUGGGAACCUUGUGAUCGUGCCUGGUCAGAACACAGACGACACUUUCCGAACUGUUUCUUUGUUUUGGGCCGGAACAUUAAUGUUCGAAGUGAAUCUGAUGUGAGUUCUGAAAGGAAUUUCCCAAAUUCGAUUCCUCCAAGAAAUCCAGCCAUGGCAGAGUAUGAAGCCCGGAUCAUUACUUUUGGGACAUGGACAUACUCAGUUAACAAGGAGCAGCUUGCAAGAGCUGGAUUUUAUGCCUUAGGUGAAGGUGAUAAAGUUAAGUGCUUUCACUGUGGAGGAGGACUGACUGAUUGGAAGCCCAGUGAAGACCCUUGGGAACAACAUGCUAAGUGGUAUCCAGGGUGUAAAUAUCUGUUGGAAGAGAGGGGACAAGAAUAUAUAAACAAUAUUCAUUUAACCCAUUCACUUGAGGAGUCUCUGGUAAAUGAUACAGUCUUCCAGAACCCCAUGGUACAAGAAGCUAUACGAAUGGGAUUCAGUUUCAGGGAUAUUAAGAAAAUAAUGGAGGAAAAAAUUCAGACAUCUGGGAGCAACUAUGUAUCCCUUGAGGUUCUAGUUGCAGAUCUAGUGAGUGCUCAGAAAGACCAUACACAAGAUGAAUCAAGCCAGACUUCACUGCAGAAAGAGAUUAGUACCGAGGAGCAGCUAAGGCGCCUACAAGAAGAGAAGCUUUGCAAAAUCUGUAUGGAUAGAAAUAUUGCCGUGGUUUUCAUUCCGUGUGGACACCUGGUCACUUGUAAAGAGUGUGCUGAAGCAGUUGACAAAUGUCCCAUGUGCUACACAAUCAUUACUUUCAAGCAAAAAAUUUUUAUGUCUUAAUCUCACUCCACAGUAAGCAUGUUAUGUUCUCCUUAUUUUUUUUAAUGUUCUCUUUAUUAUCCUGAUUGAAUGUGUGAUGUGACGGUACUUUAAGUAAUCAGCAUUGAAUUCCAUUAGCAUUUGCUACCAACUAGAAAAAAAUGUAAACAGUAGCAUUUUAGUUGGCAAUCUACGCCUGGAAUUCUGGAUUUUUCAAGUUAGUAACUGCUAUCAUUUAUCCAAUUUUUUCAUUGUUACUCCAUUGAAAUUAGACUAAAAAGAAUCAUUCUGUAACUGCUCAUGCUGUCUAUUUGUAGUACGCUGACUUAGUUUCUAAAGUGUAAGUGAAUUAAUCAUCUGGAUGUUGUAUUCUUUUCAGAAAGGCUUAACAAAUGAAGCAUUCUGUAUAAACGUGGAGAUUAUAGUUAAUCUCUUCAGUCACAUAGUUUGUUUUGUGUGAAAAAGGAAUGAACUGUUCCACACUGGUGGAAAGAUAGAAAUUAUUUUUAGAUAUUUGUCUUUGUAUCUUAGGAUUCUGGCCAUUUUCUUUUAAAAUUACAAACGUGUAAAUGAUUUUUAAAAAGUGAUUUUGCCAUUUCCAAAAUGGUGCUUAAUGAUAGAAUAUCGUCUAGCCAACAUGUACUGACAUUGAUGUUAAAGAUAUAUUAAGUGUGACAUGCAAGUGGCAGAACACUGUGUAUAAUAUGAGCCUAAUCAAGGUGUGUGUAUUUUGUAUCUAUAAUAGAGUGAAAGAUUUGGACAGAUAUAUGCACCAAAUUGGUAAAUGUGGUUUUUCUUGAAGGGUUGGGGUUUGGUCCCAGAGAGAUUUUUAGGGGCCCUUCAUUUUCUUUUUUUUUUUUUCUUUUUUUCAUUUUGUUCUGUUUGAAAUUUUUAUAAGUAUGUAUUACUUUUGUAAUCAGAAUUUUUUUAGAAAGUGUUUUACUGAUUUAAAGGCUUAGGCAUGUUCAAACGCCUGCAAAACUACUUAUUGCUCAGCUUUAGUUUUUCUAAUCCAAGAAGGCAGGGCAAUUAACCUUUUUGGUGCCAAUAUAAAAUUUAAAUGCUUGUAUGUUUUACCUGCUUUGUGGAUGAAAAAUAUUUCUGAGUGGUAGUUUUCUGACAGGUAGACCAUGUCUUAUCUUGUUUCAAAAUAAAUAUUUCUGAUUUUGUAAAAUGAAAUAUAAAAUAUUUCUCAGAUCUUCCAAUUAAUUAGUAAGGAUUCAUCCUUAAUCCUUGCUAGUUUAAGCCUGCCUAAGUCACUUUACUAAAAGAUCUUUAUUAACCCAGUAUUUUAAACAUCUUUCAGCUGAUGUAGGUAAAAGUAGAAGCAUGUUUAUACCCUGCUUGUAGUUAUAGUGAUGGCUUUCCAUGUUGAGACUCUCAUGGCAUCUUGUAUCUUGAAGUUUCAUGUGAGUUUUUACUGUUAGGAUGAUUAACAUGUAUAUAGGACAAAUGUUAAGUCUUUGCUCUGCCUACAUUGUUUUGUUGUUGUUUUCUUGACUAGUAAUAGUAGUAGAUACCUUUAAAAAUGUUCUCUCAAGAUCCUUAAAACUCUUGGAAAUGAUAAAAUAGUAAUAGAAGAAUAGUUGUUUUAAAUAUUUUUUAAGAACUUGAAUACGAGUCAAUAGGAAAGUUUUAAUAGUCCUUCACAGAAUAGCUGGAAUUUACAUUCUCAUGACAGAUGUAUUUAACAGCAAGUAGGGCAUUUUAUUUACUGCAGAGAACUGUUUAAGAGUGAAAGUGUUAAAAGUCAUAUUUUUGUUAUAUUUUCCAAGAGAAAGAGUAUUGUUAUGUUCUCCUAACCUGUUAACUGCUGUGAAGUGAUACUCAUAAAACAUCGCAAAUUUAAAUGAGCAUUGCAAAAAUUAAAUAAUGACUACCCUAUUUUUAUUAUGCAAAUCCUGAGUUCACCUUUGCACUGUCUUUCACUUAGGUUUGCUUAUAUAGUCGUUAAGUUGAAUUUGAUCUGUAUAGGCAAAGCUUUAAAUUUAUAUUGAAAGCAUUCUAUAAAGGGAGAAAAGUGUUAAAUCUUUAAAAGUAUUUUCUCCAGGACACGUCAGGUCCAAGUCCGGCAGGUAGUAGAAUCUAGUUGUCACAGCAUAAGGCUUUUACUGCUUGCGAAAGCUCAGUUCAUUAAAGCUCGUCUUUUAAAACGUGUGUUUCGAGUUAAGCAAGACCUUUUUCUCCCUCCGUGAGUGGUGGAAUUUGAUGCAUGAAGCUGAUGCGGCUAACAAGUUUAUUUUAAGAAUUGUUUCAAAAUGCUGUUGCUUCAGCACUCCAACUUCUAAUCAAAUGUUUUGGAGACCUACCAGAGUUUGCCUGUAUUCACACUACAAAAAAGCACUGGAUCUUUUCCAUUUAAUUGUACAAAAAUUGAUCAUUUGCAAGGUCAAAAAUACAACCAGAUCCACAUCACCACCCACUCCCCACAAUAGUUCUCAGUAGCUGCAUGUAUAUAUUUCUAUAUAAAGUUCACUUUAGAACUUCAAAUUUAGCACCUAUUUUACUACAUUUUAGUCAUGUGAAAGUUGAAGUUAUUUUGUAAUAAAUACUUAUCUUUAUAUGCAAAAGUUAGUGUUCUGAUCAAAAACUUUGCCUUUUGAGAAAUGAUUUUAGCAUUUAUAAAAUAAAUUCCAGUUUUAAUGGCUUUGUAUUGCCUUUCCUGCUAGAUUAGGUUUUCCCCCCUCCCUUUGGUUAGUGGCUGAGGUGGGCUGGAGUGAAUGUAGCAGGUGUAUGUAACAUUUUGGUUAUGUGUAUUAUGAUACUUUGUUGUGUUUUUGUUAUAUUAUUUAAAUUUGGGUAGUUUUCCUGUUUUCAUCUUAGUGGAUAAAAAUUUGUAUUUUGAAUUCUGAAUGAAGGCUACCACCCUAGUGUUAGUUGUAUAUAUUGUUUCCUUUAGACUCAAAUCAUUGUUUUAUUACUGAUAACCCAAAUGAUUGAGGAAGGAGGUGAAAGGAGUGGAAGAAAUGGGAAAGUAGUAUGUCACUGCCAUUACAGAACUCAGAAAAUGAGGAGGAAUAUUUGACAGACAUAGUUCUUUUUAGUCAGAUCUGUUUAAAAGAAGGUAACCAUUUCUGCACCCAUGAACUGAGACUAAUACCUGUCUUCCAAGGUUAUGAGAGUUCAGGGAGAUCAUACCUUCAAAGCACCUGCUAUAAAUGUUAAUUCUCAUCCUAAUAUUCUUUUGUGUUUCUAUAGGUUUGCCUUGACCUAGAAAAUUGGGCUGAAACUUAGAAACAAGUCUUACAUAAUAGCUCUUGGUGAUUAUUACUCAUCUUUUUUGGUGUUUCUCAUAGUGAAGACACAAAUUACAGUAAAUAGGUCAAACUCUUAAAAAUAUUUACAUUCUUGAAAAAUUUUUCCAAGACAGUUAUUCUUACUAAUUUCAGUCCAGCUUUUCUAAAAAAAAAAAAAUUUACGUCACCCCACGUAAUAACCAGUUUUAAUUUGACUCAUACACUUAAUACAAUGUGGAUUUCCAUCUCAGCAUAGUAGAAUCUUAGAGGGUCAGAACUGUAAGUGACUUGAGAGAGGAUCUAAUUCGUCCCCUUCAUUUUACAGGUCUGGCAACUGGGGCUCAAGGGAGAAGUAAUUUAUUCAAAGCUAUAUAACUAUAGUGGGAGAAACCUGACUGGGACAUAAUUUGAAGGUGAAAAAUUUC